AUGAAACAGCACCCAGUAUCAGACGAAGAAAUGGUAGUCGCAGCAGUUGAAAACGAUGAAAACUACCGCUUGACUCAUGAAGAUGUGCGAGUUAGCACAGAGAAGGAUCCACUUCUGCGAGAAAUCAAGUCAUAUGUGAAACACGGAAGAUGGCCAGAGGUCGAACCCAAGCUGGCACCGUUUUUCAAUAGAAAGGAAACACUACCAUUAAUAUGCGAAAAAUCCAUAAAAGUGCCACUGGAGUCAUGGCCAACUCCUACUCGUGCCUGGCAAAGGAUUCACGUGGAUUUCGCUGGACCGAUUUGUAGCUGCUACUACAUGGUAAUUGUAGAUGCCUACAGUAAAUGGCCAGGAGGUUAUCGAAAUGAAAAACAUUUCGGCAAAUCAGACUGUAAAGGAGCUGAAAAGGAUAUUCGCGAGAUAUGGACUACCACAGACUAUUGUCAGUGA